AUGAAUCUCAUAGCAGAACUACAAGAGAACGAACGUCAAUUAACGAAUUGUGAGAUUGAUGAGAAUGAAUAUAAUAUACGUAAACAGGCGAUACUAAAAACAUGGUUAAAUAAGCCGGAAGCAGUGGAAACUGAACCUUUUAACGCUGGCGGUAUGCCAAAAGAAACGAGUUUAUAUACUGUACUCCAGUUAGAACCCAAUGCGACCAAAACUGAAAUCAAGUCAAACUACAAGAAACUCGCCUUGAAACACCAUCCUGAUAAGAAUGGUGGUAUUGAAACCGAAGAGUGGAACAAGAUUUCAAAGGCAUACAAAAUCCUUUCGGAUGAGGAUAAACGUGCUCUUUAUAAUAAUUAUGGAACUAUUCAUGAUUCGGAUAAAGCAUCAUUCAAUGUCCACGUGGGAGGAGACUUCUGGCUCCCUUAUAUUGGCAAUCUUGAAAUUGGCCACUGGCUUGCUUCCGUAAUGGUGAAAGAUGGGUGCUCAUCUGAAUGGGAAACGAUGAACUCAGCCGAGCAAAAAGAACGCCGUCACACUACUCGUGUAUCUCAAAUUGUCCGUCAUCUGCAAUACAAGCUCCAACAAUUUCCAAAUGAGGACCAUGCAGAAUUUGAAUCAUUCAAAAAAAACCUUUCUCAAGAAGCUCAAAAACUCUCUGCAGAACCUAACGGUCAGAACUUGCUAUCCCUUUUAGGGAAAAUUUACAUAUCUAGGGCUAAAGCCCAUCGAAGUGGAUUUCCUAUGAUAACUAUUUUGAAUAAAUAUAAUAGAAUCGUUAAUAUUUCUUCAUUUGCAUCGGGCUUAAUUUCUGGAUAUUUAAAGACAAAAGGAAGACAUUCAGAAAUGGAUGAAAACGAGAUGAAUGAAAUCAUUUGGCAACUUGCAAAAUCGGAGAUUUCCUCCAUUGCCCAUGAAACCUGUGAUAAAGUCCUGAAUGAGAAAAGUUCCCUCGUUAAUAAUUUAUCUACUUUGGGCAAAGUAUGGAAGGAAGUGAGCGACCGUCACUUGCAAGACAAUCUCGAUCAACUUCCAAAUAAUGUCCAUUUCAAACAAAAUCCGUCAUCUGCAAAAUUUAAAUCUUUCAUAAAAUACCUUUCUCAAGAAGCUCAAAAACUCUCUGCAGAACCUAGCGGCCAGAAGCUGCUAUCUCCUACAGGGAAAAUUUACAAAUCUAGGGCUGAAGCCCAUCGAAGUAUAUUUACUAUGCCAAUCAAGUUGAAUGUAUCUAGUAUAGUCAUUAAUAGUAUUUCGUUUGCUAGGGGGAUAAUGUUACAGCGAUUCUGGGUAAUGGGUUUCACUGAGAAACUCUAUAAAGUAUAA